AUGAAGCAUCGUAUCAUCUCACAACAGGGUAUUGUCGUGCUGAUUACUACCGGCAUAGUAAAUCAACAGUCAAAUUCAUUUGCUUCGAUUCUUCUUUAUGGUGUGGUCUUUUUUGUUUCAACUGUUCUAGUAACGAACAGUUUUAUAUAUCGCUAUUUAAAUCUAUGCAGGGCGAAACUUGUUCAUAGAGUAUCCUCCAAGAGAUUUCUGUUCACUGGCUGUUUCUUCAACCUGGUCGUAUUGUCGAAUGCGUCCAUUGUUUUAUACUUCGCAAUUUUGCCUGAUAAAAGUUUGGCCGAUAUUGUGAUCAACACUGUGGUAAUAUCUGGUAUCAAUAUGCGUCAAGCAGCGUUUUUUGGAGUUUCGCUGAAAUAUGGCGUCAGUGGCUUCCGUCCUGUGAUGAUUCUAGAAUUAGUGCUUCUGUUAGCUGUGAUCGCAUCGAUCAAUCUCUACUGUGGGAUGAAAAUAAAGUUCUUCCUGAGGAAAGCCACACAAACCAGCAACUUUUUGACACUUCAACGUCAAAUGUUUCUUCAAAUGUCAAUACAGGCUGCCUGUCCGGUUGUAUUCUUGAUGGUACCAUAUUGCAUCGCUGUGUUUUUCCUGUUCACUGGUAUUGAGACUAACUCACAGAUCACCAUUGCCCUUACAACGCUUCUCGCGUCACGUAUCCAAUAUCUAACUCACUAG